AUGAGAGUACGUGAUGUUUUCGAAAGACCGAUCAGCGGUGUUCCGGGGGCAAAAGUAAAACUGUUGGAUCGUGUCUCUGAUGAUUAUAAUUGGACGUACAAGUAUCUUGGAACUGAAACAGAAGUGAUAAAUGUUGGAUCAUAUAAUUAUAUGGGUUUUGCGGAAACAGAUGGCUGUUGUGCAAAGGAAGUAUCUGCAGCUAUCGAUGAAGAGGGAUUAUCUACUUGUUGUUCAGUUCAGCAAUUGGGAUAUUCAAAAGCACAGCAGGAUUUGGAAAUACUCGUAGCGCAGUUCAUGGGUGUAGAUGACGCUAUAUGUUUCAGUAUGGGUUUUGCUACCAAUUCAUUAAAUACGCCGUGUUUAGUCGACGAAAAUUCUGUAGUAAUCAGUGAUCAGUUUAAUCAUGCCUCACUUAUUCUUGGUAUUCGAAUGUCAGGAGCGACAGUUCGUAUAUUCAAACAUAAUGAUAUGGUAGACCUGGAGAAAAAAAUUCGUAAUGCUAUUAUAUAUGGUAAUGUGAAAAAAAAGAAACCGUUUACGAAAAUUUUAAUUGUUGUCGAAGGAAUAUAUUCUAUGGAAGGUUCGAUAUGCAAUUUACCGGCAAUUAUUGCUCUUAAAAAGAAAUAUGGUGCCUAUGUAUAUCUCGAUGAAGCGCAUUCUAUCGGAGCGAUGGGUCAUCGUGGACGUGGAGUUGUGGAUUAUUGGGGCUGUAAUCCACGUGAUAUUGACGUUCUUAUGGGAACAUUUACCAAAAGCUUUGGUUCAGCUGGUGGGUAUAUUGCAGGAGAGGAACGCCUUAUAAAUUACAUACGGGCGCAUUCAGCUGCUACAGUUUAUGCUUAUCCAAUGUCACCUCCUAUUGCUCAGCAGAUCAUUUCUUCAAUGAAAGUAAUGAUGGGUCUCGAUGGUACUAAUGAUGGUCAAAUACGAAGAGAGCGUCUUCGGCGUAAUACGCAUUAUUUCAGAAAACAUUUAAAGCGUAUGGGUUGCGUUGUAUUUGGAUCUGAUGAUAGUCCCGUUGUUCCAUUCAUGUUAUAUUAUCCUACAAAAUGCGGGUAUUGGGGACGUGAGAUGUUGAAACGUCGCGUAGGAGUCGUAGUUGUUUCGUUUCCAGCAACACAUAUGACAGAAAGUCGAGUUCGAGUGUGUCUUAGUGCUGCUCACACAAAAGAAAUGUUGGAUCAUGUGUUAACUGCAAUCGGGGAGGUGGCUGAGGAAAGUAAUAUUCUGGACUCUCGAAUCAAGCGGAAAUAUGCAAAUUUAGAAAUCGAGUGGUAA